UUGAGGUGGUUCAUUUAAAACAGCACUAACCGCUGCACACCAUACCUGUUACAUACAGAUAUCAUUUGAAGCUGUUCCGCCCGGUCAACACCGCCGGACUCGACUUACGCAUAUAAAUAUAUAGCUCCGCUAUAUAACUCGGCAACAGACACCUUCUCGUCAACUAUUGCCCAUCGAAACAAAAUGGAAUUCAGACUGAGCGUUUUGGCAGUAGUGUUAGGAGUGGCUGCGAUUGUACUUGCAGCUGACGAAAAAUCAUCGACACCUGCACCGGAAGCCGAAGGAUCGAUCAGGAUUUACCGCAGGCUAAUACCAGCAGAUGUCUUAAGAGAUUUUCCCGGACUGUGUUUCGCAUCGACUAAAUGCGCCACCGUGGAGCCAGGACACACAUGGGAGUUAUCACCAUUCUGCGGCCGUUCCACUUGCGUACAAGGCGAGGGCACCGACAGACUGUUAGAGUUGGUAGAAGACUGCGGUCCAUACCCCAAGUCCAACCCAAAGUGCAAACUAUCUGAAAAGACCAACAAGACAGCCAGUUUCCCUGACUGCUGUCCUGUGUUCGACUGCGAGCCUGGUGUUAAGCUCGAAUAUCCCGAGCUUACUGUAGUUGAGAACUCGGAAUCACCCGAUGGCGGCGCUGACAGUACCACCACCACAUCCACGGAAAAACCCAAAAAUUGAUGACGAGGGAAAUGUGAAAUAUCCAUUAAUCCUCAACCCCUACACCCCCUCGCACUACAGUCAUCAUCCCCGCAACAUCGCCCCGCACACUUCUCAUUAUUAUUAAUAUUACCUACCUAUAUUUUUUUUUAUUUUUUUUUUUAUUUUUUUAACACGACUCACUGUAUACGAAAUGUUUUAAAAAAAAAUCUGUUGUACAAUUUGUAUAUUUAUAUAUAUAUAUACAUACGUGUAUCUAUAAAACAUAUACACAUAUUACUAGAUUAAAAUGUCAAUAAUGUCAUAAUAAUGAUGAUAUAUAUUAUGAUUAUACUUUUGAUAAAGUUCCCUAUUAAUUAAUUACUAGUGUAUAAUCGUGAAAAAAAAAUCUAAGUUUUUAAUUAA